CCCCAUUUUUUUAGGCACUCCCUGUUAUUUUUCCUCAGUUUCCUUAGCUUUCUCGAGAAAUUUCUUCCACUAGAAAAUACGGAAACCGGCAAAACCCAAACAUGAACCAAUCAAAGCUCGUACAAAUCUCAGUUCCAAACGAUAUUGCCGUGAAAAUUGCAUUAUCGCUUCAGGUUUCGGAUGUGUGUUCUUUGGGUAGUUGCUCUCGGUAUUGGAGGGAGCUUUGUGGAUCUGAUUGUUUGUGGGCAGCUCUGUAUAGGGAUCGAUGGCUGACCCAUGCAUUGAAUAGAGAGGAAGAACCUUCAAGCUCUGAGAUUAAUGCCCAUGAGUUUGAUCAAGUCUUCGACUCCACCUCGAAGGUUUGGAGGGGCUUUUACAUCAACAAGCACAAUGAGAUGGCGGGUAAAGCGGCCAGCAUAGUUGAUUUUGUAGAACAAUCUUUGUCCUCUGAAUCAAUCAAGGUUGGUCACUAUCUGACCGCAAUUGAAAACCUGCGCUCGAUGCAGUUUGGAUUUAAAGAUAUCCAAAUGUUCUUUUUAAAGCCAAAGCUCAAUGUGCUGCUCAACUUAAUUGGCGUGCACUACUGUAUUAGCUGGCUUGGAGUAUCGGCUGAAUGUGUCAUGGAAGCACUGAGGUCCUACAAGAUCUCAGAGCGGCAAGUAUGUGUUCAAUGGUGGAAGAUUGGCAGGUGGCUUUAUGGCUUUCGCCUGAGGGACGAGUCACACUCUCGUAACGUCUCGUUGGGAGAUCUUACAAUGGCCAAAGAGGAGGAAGUUCUUGCAGUGAUUAAUCGAGGCGCCAUUUAUGAGGUUUUAUGUAUUAAGAUUUCUGCAGCGAAACCCACAUCCACUUCUUGGUCAUACCAAAACGGUCAGACUCUGGAUUAGGAAAGGAUUGUUUGUGAUUGUGCAUACAAUGCCUUCAUACCACUCUAGUGGUGAUAGCCGGUAAAUCAUGUAUAUAUAUGCAUCUAUCUUGACGUGUACAUAUAUGUAUACCUAUCUACAUUCUGGUUCAUCUCUAGCACACAUUUCGUCGGUGUGUACAUAAGCAAGCAAGCACCCAGAAUUGCAGUUCAUUGAGGGGCAUUAUAUAAAAUCGGUUGUAUAUAUUAUCUUGGUAAUCUGCUAGGAUUGGUGGGAGCUUGCUUUUACAAUUAAAAGUUUGGCUUGUGGGUGUUGUAAUGAAGUGCAAUGG